CGAGGCCGAACUCGUAGCUACAAGAGCAAGAGACUUCACCACCGCGAAUAGUCAGUCUGAUCAUGAUGGAACGGAUAGUAAUAGUAGUGAGGAGGACAUUUGUGAAACAUCUGAUGAUACACAGACAGUAAGACAAUUUAUUAUAAAAGGUUGUGGUUGUCGUCUUAAUUGUCAUACAAAGUUUAAAUUUGACGACAUACUGAGUCAUAUUCUUUCUAUCAGGGAAAUGACAAAGGAGGAGAAAGAACUGUGUAUCAUGUCGUUAGUGGCUGAGGGAAGCGACGAGAAAACUAAACGUGGCAAAAAAAGGCAGCGUUCUAGGAAGACAUUUCGGGUGUCAGGAAAAACGGUGUGCAAAGGAACAUUCAUGUUAUGUUAUGACAUUACGAAAUAUGCAUUAGGAGCCAUUGUUAAACAUGUCAGUCAUCACGGCGUAACUCCAAGACAGCAUGGCAACGCAGGUAAAAAACCAAAGCAUGCUAUUACGUAUGAUGAUGUCAUACGCGUUGUUUAUUUCAUCCGAAAUUAUGCAGAAGAAAGAGGUCUCCCUCAACCUGCAGCCCCUCGUUGCCUAGACAACAUCCCACCAGUGUAUCUGACGUCUGACACAACCAAAAAAGACAUGCAUCAGCUGUACAAACAGUCUUGUUCAGAUCCCCGUGUGCGCGCUUUAGAGCUAACGUCAUUCAAAGACAUCUGGCGGACAUGUUUACCGCAUAUACGUAUAGCUAGCCCAAAAGAUGAUGUAUGUGCCACUUGUGAGAAGCUGCGCAGACAAAUAUCAGGUACAGUGACCGAGGAUGUGACACUAGCAACAACGACGGCACUGCGGGACCACGUACUUCUUGCACAAAAGGAACGUGAUCUGUAUAAUGAGUGCAUACGGCGUAGUGUUGACACACGUGACUCGGAGGAAAAGUUUGUCCAUCUUACAUUUGACUUUAGUCAGAACGUCAGUUUGCCUCAUUUUUCUCGCCAGAUGGGUCCAUUAUACUUUCUAACCCUACGUAAAAUACAAAUAUUCGGAGUAAGACUGGAUGGCAUCCCUCACCAACUGAACUUCCUGAUUGACGAAGAUCAAACCAUAGGUCCAGAUGGUAAAGGGACACACGGACCUGACGCUGUGCUGUCGAUGGUAGACUGGACAUUGCAGAAUCACGCUAAUCAGACUCCUGCCUUGUCGAUACACUCGGAUAAUUGCCCUGGUAAUUAUUUUUAUUUUUAACAAAAUAUUUACAAUGCGGUUAAUUAUAUCACCUUAACUACCAUCUUAACGAUCAGAUAUAAAAUUAUAUUAAUACUUGCGAUAUAUAUACUUUUUAAAAUUAAUACCAGAACCAGUUUCAAUUUAUGUAAUAUCAGGAGAAAUACCAGUACUGCUGUACCAGUACGUUUAGUUUUAAGGCAAAUAAAUACCAGUACUUUUACAUUUAAGGGAUUUUAACUUAGUUUGCAUACAGACUGUCACAACAAAAUGUCCGUAAUGUAAAAGUAUAAACUUUCCAUUAAAUAGAACAAUAUAUGUUAUAAAAAUGUUCUUUUCCAAUUUAUAAUGAAAUCAAAAGUAGUGCCAAAUGCAGUACCAGUACAACAUUUUGAGCAGUUAUUCAGUACCAGUACAAGUGGC